ACCAACUUUUCUCCCUCUUUCACGGAAACCACUUUGCUCUCACGAUGUCUGACGACGAGGCCCACAACCAGAACUUCGAGACUGCCCACGCCGGCAGCUCGCUGACGUACCCCCAGCAGUGCUCGGCCCUGCGCAAGAACGGCCACGUCGUCAUCAAGGGCCGCCCCUGCAAGAUCGUCGACAUGUCCACCUCCAAGACGGGCAAGCACGGCCACGCCAAGGUGCACCUCGUCGCCGUCGACAUCUUCACCCAGAAGAAGCUCGAAGACAUCUCGCCCUCGACGCACAACAUGGACGUCCCCAACGUCUCGCGUAACGAGUACCAGCUUGUCAACAUCGACGACGGCUUCCUCAACCUCAUGAGCGGCGACGGCGCGUCCAAGGACGACGUCAAGGUGCCCGAGGGCGAGGUCGGCGAGCAGAUCGUCGCCGGCUUCGACGAGGGCAAGGACCUGAUGGUGACGAUUGUCAGCGCCAUGGGCGAGGAGCACGCCCUCUCCUUCAAGGAGGCUCCUCAGGGCAAGUAAAGGGAGCCGCGCGAUAGAGGACCACGCUGGGCUGAGCUGGGCUGAGCUCUGGAGGGGGCGAAAAAGGGAAAUCUCAGUCUGCUUUCUCAUCUCCCCUCUCAGACUUGUACGCACACAUCACACAAAACCCCCCUCUGUCCUUCCUCUUUCAACUCCCUUAUUCAUCACCCGAAAACGCAUGCUUGAGAAAGAGAAGAAUUCUUUCCGCUGUUGGUGGGAGAAAAAGGAAGAGAAUGGGUCGGGUGUUCUUGACUCAUCGCAUCGGCCUUUUUCCUACUCCAUCCUCUCGUCUCGCCACUCCCACCACAAACGCAAGCUCUCCUGUAUCUCUUUCAUGCUAGUCAGCUCUCCUUCAUUUCUCAAAAUCCCCAUCAUCC